AAUGACUAAUCGGGUAUGGUGUAACGGUAACAUCAGUGACUCUCACUCACUAGCCCCGGGUUCGAUUCCCGGUAUCCGAACAUCUUUUUGAUUCCAUUGUCAUCGGUCUUUUCUCAUCCAAUUUUUACGUUCCCUUUUGUUCCGAUCAAAGUGCAAUCCCGCAGUUUUUCACUUUCCAUUUCUACUCGAUAAAUCGCUAGCUAUCCGUGCAGCACAAACAUGCCACCUACCCUCCUCCCCCACACAACAUCCAAUCUCGAGAUGAUGCCGUUGGCGUACAGCACCCGCAGCCCCUGUCAACAUGCUGCCCGCCGACGCAAACCCGAUGCUAUGCAUGCUCCAGCCCACGUCGAUCCAGUGUCAAGCGCGUUGAAGGGCUGCGCCGUCAUGUCGGAGCCCUCUGAUGAGUCCUCGGCUGUCACCGACGUCGCCAGCGCCAGCGACGCCACCACUGCCAUCCCCGUCGCCGCGUCGACGCCCUCGCGCACCCGCACCUCGACCAUUAGCUCCGGCCGGGCGGCCGCAAGAUCCCACGCCGCGCUCGCUUCCCCGUUACAAGUCCCGUGCGUCCGCGCAUCGCCUUUCGCGUGCGUCACGCGCAGCCCGCGCACUAUCCCACCCGCCGCCCACGCCUCGAUCUGCUGCGGCCGGGACGUUGCGUCCAGGUCGCCGAGGUCGUUGGUCAGUGCCGCGAGCAAGUGCACCGCCUUUUGCGCGUACGCCCCCGCGACGCCAGCAGACGCUUCGCUUUCCCGCGUAUACUGUCUUGGCACCUUUCUCACAUCGUGCAGUGCAGGUCCGGGCUCGCGGCCGAACUGCUCCUGGCGCCGUUUGCGCGGCUGAAUCGGUAUGUUGAGUGUGUUGGGCUGCGUUCGGUCGGAUCUCCUGAGCGAUUAUCAAUUGUGGCGGUUAAGCAGUUCCUGUGGCUAUUGUUGAAUUGUCG